AUUAUGUAACCGUUUAAAUUCAAACAUCUGCCGUGCGCUAACGGGAAGAGACGAAGUUAUUUCUGAAAGUGUCUGGUUUUACUCGGAGUCUGCUGAGAUCUGCCUCUACAUAUUUUAAUAAGGACGUAUCUGGAGUAAGUUGAAUGGCCCUGGCUGUGAACGAACAAGGCUUGGGGUGUGAAGCUAGUGGAAUGAGUGCUCCCCGAGCCAACGAUGAGAACCACGGAGUCUGUCUCGUCAGCAAGUACAGCGCCUCAGAGACCUCCAGUGACAUUUUUGCGAUUGUACAGCCCACGGGAAGGCCCUCAAUCCUGCGUCAGUCUCAGGUGGACAACCUGCCUUCCAAAGCUGCACCCAAGGGCGUAAAGGUGUGUUUUCAGACCCCGAGGAGAGAUCCUGUCACAAAGAGGAUUGUGUCUCCCACAAACGUUCUCAAAAUGGCAGACCCUCUUCACUCGGAAGAUGGCAUACAAGUAAUUGAGAUGAAUCAUCUGGAAGAAAAUUCGUCACUGCGACUCAGUGGAACUGUUCCUGAGGAUGGACUAGGGAGUCCUGGCGUGCCAUUGGAGCUCUGUCCUGAAGACAUCCCUAUUUCCAGUAAAGGGGAAUACCAUCUGGAUUUUGGAAACCUUGACACGGUUAACCCAUUUCAAGGAUCCAACCUGUUGGCCAACUCCCCAGCCAAGAAUGUACCCGCUCAAAAACUUCAACUGUCAGGCAAACCAGGGGCCUUUGAGGAGCCCCCUGUGGGUGCUGCUCUUUCUCAGCCCCUUCUGGAGCUUUCCGCAAAUACAGGGGAUCAGAUAUCCGAGACAGCCAACAAGGCAGAGUCUUGCCUAGAUGAGACCCUCCCAUUCAUGUCCAUGGAUGGCUCAGUAGUUGACCUAUCGACCGAGGUUUGUUCCACUGAGAGCACGGUGAUAAUCGACAUGAAGCAUCAGGCAGAGGCAGCCCAGAUUGAGACGAGUCUCGCAGAUGAGCCGGAGCCCCAAGCAAGCUGCAGCCAGCAGCAAGAUAUCCAGGUGAAGAAUGUCCCAGAGACGCUGGUGGACGCCCAGAAUUCACCCACUUUCCCCAGAAGCACAUACAACUUUGACUUCGACUCUCUUGACUCUGUCAACCCAUUUCAAACUGGUGGAAGCAAGCUUCAGAACUCCCCUGUACUCAGCAGGAAGUUGCCAGACAGCCCUACCCUGCUUGCUCUAUCGGACCAUCCAGAGAUGCAGCCAAUGAUACCUGAACCCAUACCUCCCACAAAAGACCAGAAUGUUUCUCCUCCGGUGCAGGAGUCCCCUGCCUUGCCUGCAGAACAACCUGUAUUGGAGAAGCCCCAGCUGAAGACCAAAACAGCUGAGCCUAGCAGUGUUGCCCCUUAUCUUAGCACAAGUCCUCCUACCAGAGAUGUCCCACUAAAACUUGAGUUUAAUUUUGGUGAUGAGGUCACACGAAAGCCGCCACCUAAAAUGCUGGGCGAAAGGCCGCCUCGUGUUAAACCAGCAUCUAAGAAGGCAGUGCGUGUGGAGGGUGGAGUCCAGCCGAAAGCCGCAGAAGCUCCAGCAGCAAGUGAUGACCCUUGCGUGGAUAUUCCAGCACCCAAGGUUUCCUACAACUUUGAUGGGUUGGAUGAUCCCAACUUUAACCCUUUUAUGUCAGGAUCAAAGAUAAGUAACUCUCCAAAAUCUUCAGAGAAGUGCACUGUGAGUCCAAAAUCAGAGGCCUUCCUGGAAACUCUGGAGACCUCUCUCCCCGAAAAGCUUGAAGCAGAGGACAAGCCUGCAGCAGCAUCGGUACCAGGGGAUGCAGAAGAAGAAACUCCUUCAAAAGAGACCAGUGACACCGCUGUAGUAACACAGGCUCAAGAGACCCCUGUCUCAUCCCAAGUAGAGGAAGGACCCUCAGCCUGUGAGGUUAUCUGCCCGGAGUCUCCUGCCCCACAAGGCCCUAUCCUUACCCCACCAGCCAAAGCGGAGCCUGAGAUUUUGCCUGAUACUGGCUUGGCAGGAGCAGAAGAGGAGUUUGUCCCCGGAGCCACAUUUUUGGCUGACAACUUUGAGGGGCAAAUCGACUAUCUAGAGCAGUUUGGAUCAACUACAUUCAAGGAGUCUGCUUUGAGGAAGCAGUCACUGUACAUGAAGUUUGACCCCCUACUGCGGGACAGUCCUAAGAAGAUGCCUCCCAACUCUGAGCUCAAUGGUCUUCCACUUCCAGCUGCUUUUGUCAGCAGGUUGGAGGAACGUAAACCCAAAGCAGAGAGUGAAUUGCGUGGGGAUAAGUUUGGUGGACUCAACUUCUUGGAAGACUUGCCAGCACCGGCUGUGGGAGCUCUCGUGCAGGAUGUCCCAGUUGCUCUGGAUUGCCUGGUUCCGCCCUUCUCUCAGCUCACCGGGGCAGAAGAUGCCAUCUUUGAGGUGCUGCGUUACAGCCAGAAGGACAUGGAUGCUGCCCUGGACAAAGUGCGCAGCGAGGUGGAGUCAGCAGCUUGCAGAGAGGCUAAGGAACGAGAGGAUGAAUGGAAUGCAAAAUAUAUGAAACUAUCCCAGGACAACCAUGAAAUGGGGAAAAUCAUGUCUGACUUUGAGGCGACAAUAUCUCAGAUCAUAGCCGACAACACGAAAGAGAAGCAAGACCUUCAGGAGGAACUGAAGAAAGUCCAACAUGAGAAGGAGCAGGUGGCUCUGGAUCUAAGUGCCAUGGAGCGGUCCUUCUCGGAGCUCUUCAAAAGACUGGAGAAGCAUAAGGAAGUUAUCGAGGGUUACAAGAAGAACGAGGAGACCUUAAAGAAGUGUGCCCAGGACUACCUGGCGAGAAUUAAGAAGGAGGAACAACGUUACCAGGCACUGAAAGCCCACGCCGAGGAGAAGAUUGGCCAGGCAAAUAUGGAGAUUGCACAGCUGCGGACCAAGCAGAAGGCAGAGAUGUCUGCUCUGCAGGCACGACUGCGCAGAGAGGAGCUGAAGGUCCAAUCACUGGAAAAGAGCCUGGAGCAGAAGGUCAAAGAAACGGAGGAGCUCACAAAGCUUUGUGAUGACCUGAUUGUCAAUGUUCAAAAGCGCUAAACUUGCUGUCUGUCCUUUGUUUGUUCCAUUUCUAUGUCAUUUUUAAUGUUAAUAAAGAUUAUUAAAUAGUG